GUCGGGUGACUGGGGAGAGCGCCGGACGGGGCUUUAUCCUCGAGCCCGCGGCUUGCUCUGGGUAGUCUUCAGACUCGGCCCAGCCCUAGGUUCCGAGGGUGUGGACGGGGCGCAUCCGGGGCACGCGGUUUUGAAUGUCGGCUGAAGCAUCCAUCGGAAAGGGCGCAAAGGCGGGAUUCGCGGGCACUGCCAGCCACGGGACCUCGGACAGUGUGUCUCUACAGUAAAGCUGAAAGAAAAGUCCAAAAUUCAGGAAUGGCUGUGGAGGAACUUCAGGCCAUAAUAAAGAGAUGUCAAAUCCUAGAAGAGGAGGAUUUCAAAGAAGAAGAUUUUGGUCUUUUUCAGUUAGCAGGCCAAAAGUGUUUAGAAGAAGGGUACAUUGCUCAGGUAUUAGACAUUUUAGAAAAUGAAAAGAACAAGGUUAUCAUUAGGAGUAUGGGUUGGAAUCUUGUUGGCCCGGUUGUUAGAUGCUUUUUAUGUCACAAAGAAGAAGUUGAUAAAAGAGAAGAAUGCUUGAAAAUGCUUGAUUUGCUGGUAAAGCUCUGCCAUCCAAAGGAGCUGCUUUUGGGUUUACUUGAACUGGUCGAGGAGGCCACUGGAAAUCAGAUCUCUGAAGUCCUCCUUCUCUUACUUGAGCCACUACAGACAGUGAUUCAGAAACUUCACAGCAAGAAGGCCUAUUCAGUUGGAUUAACCCUGUCAACCUUGUGGAGCCAGCUUUCACUUCUCCCUGUUCCUUACACGAAAGAACAAAUACAAAAAGACCAACAUGGUCUUGGGCAGUGUUGCAAGGCCUUGGUCACAUUUACUAGGCCUUUUGUGGAAGAAGUUGUUAAAAACAAAGGUCAUCCCCUGGAAAACAGUAAGGAAGAACUGAAGGCAGAGCUGCUGAAAUUUUGUUUCAAAAGUUUGAAAUAUCCCUUGCUGACAGCACAGUUUAUUGAGGUGCUUGAAGAAAAUGAAGAAGAUCCUUUAAAAUCUUUUGCAUCUGAAAUAAUAGGCUUUAUAUUAGCUAUUGGAGAUUCUCUGCCAAAGGUCAUUUUUCAGCAUGGAAGGAAGGAAAAAUGCUGGAAUAAUCCUGACUUGGAGGAAGAGGAAGGUAGCCAGUUGGCAGAGUCCAUGGCCUCACUCGCUUAUCUUGUGUUUGUACAGCAUAUCAGCAUUGACCAGUUUCCAUUGGUCUUGAGCCCAUUAUAUCUUCUGCAGUACAAUAUGGAUCAUAUUGAAGUCCUCUUGAAAAGAGCAGAAGAAUCUGUGUCCUCAAAAGGAUUGGAGCUGUUGGAGAACAGCUUGUUACGAAUGGAGGAUGACAGCCUGCUCCACCAUUACUUAGAGAUCAGGAGCUUCCUCACUGUGCCUCAGAGGCUGGUGAAAGUAAUGACCUUCUGCCCCAUUGAGACUAUGAGGAAAAAAGGUUUAAAAGUGCUGCAGCUGUAUAUAGACAAGCUGGAUUCACAAGGCAAAAAUAUAUUAUUUAGGUGUUUAUUGAAGACAAGUAAUCAUGCGGGUGUGGAAGGCUACGUCAUUCAAAAUAUAAAAAAUCAGAUCGAUGCCUCAUUAAAGAGAGCAGAGGACAGGAAGUGGUUUACAGGACCCCAGCUGAUUUCCCUUCUUGAUUUGGUGCUUGUGCUUCCUGAAGGGGCAGAAACAGACCUCCUCCAGACUUCUGAUAGGAUUAUGGCUUCAUUAAAUUUACUGAGGUAUUUGGUUAUCAAGGAUAAUGAAAGUGACAAUCACACUGGACUAUGGACAGAACUUAAGAAGAUUGAGACAAAUUUCUUAAAGCCGCUGCACACGGGACUUAAUAUGUCAAAGGCACAUUAUGAAGCAGAAAUUAAGAACAAAAAAGAGACCAGACGAGAAUCUCAUAAUCCUAACACUCCUAAAAAUAUUUGUUCAGUAAUGGUCGGUGGAGAGAAGAUGCCUGACAUUCCUAACAUGACUCCCGAAAUGCAACUUCAGGUUCUCCAUUCAGCUCUUUUCACGUUUGAUUUAAUAGAAAGUGUUCUGGCCCGGGUAGAAGAACUCAUUGAACUGAAAACAAAACCUACAUCUGAAGAAAUGUCUCGACUGAAAUAAAGCCUCCCUGCCUGAAGAGCUAAAGCAGCUGUAGAAACAGCAAAACCAGUUUUGUUCGUUCUUUGUGGAGACCUUUUUACUUUAAUGUACUUUUUAAAGAAGUUUGUUUGGUUCUUAGGCACUUGCUGCUAGAAAAUAAAUGCUGCUAUUCUCCUUUUC